UUCUAUAGCUUCCAGCGCUCUCCCCGUUCUUCUUCCAGUCGAGAGAUUUGCUCUACGGAUUCCACGUGUGGUCGCUUGCGUAGCGUAUCGGCUUGGAACUUCUCGCCGCUAAUAAAGCCCAGCAAUUCUUCCAAGGGUGUGUGAUCAUCGAGAAGGCGAAAGUCUCCUCUUUGCUGUUCAUGGAUAGAGCUGAGGAUCUCAAGAGGAGGAGGAUUGACGAUCCGGACCCCGGCGCGCCGUCGCCAAAGUUUCGCAAGCGAAUGGCCGGGCGGCGGGACCGUGUCAAGUCGAUCGAUUUGUCUCUGGCGCUGAGCGAGGAGGACGAUGCGGGCGCCGAGGAGAUGGAUCUGAAGAGGGAGACCCCGUUUUUCCUGAGGAAGGCGGCGCUGAUCAAGCAGGACUUUGGGGAGCAGGAGUGCGAGAGCCCCAGGAUCUCCAGAGGGUCUCCGCAAUUCAAACUGGAGGGCCGCGUGGCCAGCGAUAAAUCUACCGUGGAGGACUACUCGCCGCCACUGUCUCCCAGAAACGAGGAGCUCAAGAACCAACUCGUCGAAGUUCACGCUGAGAUGACACGAAUGAGAGAAGAGAACGAGCGAUUGCGGGCGGUGCUGGAUCAAGUGAAAGCCGAGUACCAAAACUUUCAGGUGCAGACCAUGGCAUUGAUCCAGCAACAAUCACAAAAAGCGCCAUCUCCUCAGAAACUAGACGUCAAUCCAAGCUCUCCACCAAACGAGCAGCAGCCGCAACAGCAACAACAAUUUGGCACGCAGGGAAAAAUCGUUUUCCAGAACCAACCAGAGCACCUGGAAUCGAUGCUGCACAAAGUCCGUGUCUCGGUUCGUGCUCGAUGCGAAGCUCCAACAAUGAACGAUGGCUGCCAGUGGAGAAAAUACGGCCAAAAGAUGGCCAAAGGCAACCCAUGCCCGCGAGCUUACUACCGCUGCACCAUGGCCUCGGGAUGCCCCGUGAGAAAACAAGUCCAAAGGUGUGCCGACGAUACCAGCGUCCUCGUCACAACUUACGAGGGAUCCCACAACCAUCAGCUCCCACCGGCGGCGACGAGCAUGGCUUCCACCACCUCCGCCGCCGCCACCAUGCUCCUCUCCGGCUCCACCGCCAGUAGCACCGAUCUUAGCUUCAUGGCCGGGAUGCUGACCGGGGCGCCAACCAUCUCCGCCACCACGCCAUUCCCGACCGUCACUCUGGAUCUCACCACAAACCCCGGGGCUUCAAAUCCUCUUCCUGCCGCUACCAGGUUUGUGGUUCCUGGCGAGAGCAAGCGGGAAGAUCGCCGCGAGCAAGAGAUGAUCUUUCACGACGGGAACAACUCGGGGAACUCGAGCUCCAACUUGUUGCAACCACAGAGGAGCUCGAGUCAUUCGAACAAUCAUCUGGCCGAGAGCGUGAGCGCGGCGAUCACGUCGGAUCCAAAAUUUACGGCCGCUUUGGCCGCUGCCAUUGCGUCGAUCAUCACUUCUCCCCCACAGGAGCAGCAGCAGCAGCUGCACAACUUUAACAAGCUUCCGGAGCUCGCGACGAGCGUCUUGGCUCCUCUCUAUAUGUCCGAGUCUUCGGGAGCUUCAAGCUUAGGUAAUGGCGGACUUCCAGUGUCGGAAUUGGCACUCAACAAUAUCAGCCGAUAGUUUCUCACUAUCGGCCCGUUAUUUUUCUUUCUUUCUUUUUUCUUUUUGUCUAAAGUUCCUUAUACACAAGGCAUGUUAUAUCUGUAAGCAUACAAUUUUGUCAAAGAAUACAUUUUGGCUAUGGAGAAA